AAGAAUUGCAUUACAGUAUCAUAAGGCCAUUGCAAAUUCUUUAUUUUUAUUGCAAAUGCCUUUGUUAAAUUUAAAUAAAUGAUAAUAUAACAAGAAACAAUAAUGGAAACAGCGGAGGCAGCAAGUCCGGCUGAUGCGGAGAGUCCGGCCAAGUCGGUAAACGGCAUUUCCCACCGGGAAAACCACAAUUCGGAUGAGAAAUCAAGUGAAGACGUGGAACAGAAAACGGAUUUUAUGGAGCAGCAGCUGGAAGAAAGCAAUGCGAAAUCCGAGACCCCCUUAACAGAACCGGAACUCAAGGAUGAGGGCAAAAUGGAAGAGGAUCUGAAGGCGGCUGUGCUUGAACAAGUGCCAGUCGAAGAAGGAGCUGCAGAACUCACCCUGCGAUUCAAGGAUCUGCAGGCGCAGGAAAAGGAGGAGGAAAUGGAUGCCAAACCCAGGCAAAACGAUAUCCUCUCCCACGUCCACUGCCUAGCCCAACUGGAGGAGCAGCGUCGCAGCUACGAGCAGCAGUUGGAGCAACUUCGCACCUCCAAUAGCCAGAAGGACAACAUGAUAACCCUCAUCCAGCGCGAGAACGCCAUCCUGGACAAGGAGAAGCAGGCGUGCCGCAAGGAAAUGGACAUGGCUAACAAAGAGAAAGAAGCCACCGUCAUAAAGUUUGCCAUGAAGGAGAAACUCCUUAUCGAUGCCAAAAAGGAAAAGGAGGUUGUGGAGAAGCAUCUGGCCGAGGCCAAAAAGGAAGUGAAGAACAUGACCACAAGAUUCCAGGCCGUAAACGAGGAGAAGUCCCGUAUGACAUACGUGAUUGAUGAAAAGUGCAACGAAGUGAGAAAGUAUCAGCGGGAGUGUGAGAAGUAUAAGACCGAAAUGGGUCACUUGGAGUCCAAGCUGAAGUAUCACAUCAACAAGCUGGGAUACGAGGCGGAGGCCAAGGCGGCCCUAGAACGCAAGCUGGAGGAGGAAAGAAAUGCUCCCAAUAAGCUGGAGGAGAAGGCAAAUGAGAAACUCAAAAUGGAAUUUGAAGCCAACACAAUACUCCUGAAACAUGAGAUCACUAGCAAGACUGAGGCUCUAGAAAAAGUCACCAAGGACCAGCAAAAACUUGGCGAAGCCAACAGGGAACUGCAGCAGCAGCUUCAGGAGAUCACAGCAUCGCAUGGCCAACUCACUGAUGAACUGAAUCGCUUAAAGGAGCAGCACAACUCCGUGGAGGCUUCCUACAGCGAUGAGCUGCUUAACUCCGCCAAACUGAGGGGGCAGCUGGAAGAGCUCCAGCUCCUGCGCACGCAGAAUACUAUCAACGAGGAAAAGCUGGUGGAAGAACAAACGCGAGUUCAACAGUUGGAAGCCUUGGCCCACGACAACGAAGCCGAUUUGGAACAGCUAAAAGUCAAGAAUCACGAAUUGCUCAGCAUUAACAAGGAGAUGAGUGAGCUGAUUGUGCGUCUGCAGAAUGACAUUUGUCUGGCGGAAGCAAAGGCCCUUGGUUUGGAGGCGGAAAAUAAGUUACUGAAGCAGGAGAAGCUCAGCUACGACUCCAAAUACCAUCAACUGGAGCAGCAGCUUAGCUCAGAGGCUAUGGAGAAGAACGAGGAGCGCCUGCUGCUGGCCAAGCACUUGUCCGAGAAGACCAAGCUGUACGAGCUGACCAAGCAGAAGCUGGAGGACGUCCAGGGGGACUAUGAGGCCACCCAGCACAAGCAUGCCACCUUGGUGAAGGAACUGCAGCGGGAGCUAAACAAGUACAAAAGGGGGAUACCGGAACCCAAGACUAUGCCCAUUAGCUAUUGCAGCAACUGCCAGCAGGCGAUAAAUGGCAACUACCCAACGGAGAAUCCUCAGCACCAGCGCAGCCAUAGUCGCUCCAGUAGCCAUGGCAGCCUGCACAGCAGCAGCCGACGGGCCAGCGAGUCUUCCGAAUCCGAAACCGUAGCCAGUAGCGCCACCACAGUACAACCUCCGCCAGUACCCCAGCAGGAUCUGCAGGCAGUGCCGUCCAAGAAGGUGCUCGUUGAGCGGAUACUGCGUCUCCAGCAGGCCACCGCUCGCCAAACGGAGCGCAUAGAGUUCCUGGAGAACCACACGGCUGCCCUGGUUUCCGAAGUUCAGAAAAAGUCCAAGGUGGUGCAGCACUACAUGCUCCGGGACCAGACAGCCGGGGCUCUCACGACAUCCCGCAGCGAUCAGAACAAGAGCGAGCUGGUCAAGUACGGCAAUGGUAUCAUGGCGGCCAUCUAUGGAGGAUCCUCGAAGGCGGGUGGCGAAAACAAAGCCAUGUCGCUCGAACUUUCGCUAGAGAUUAACAAGAAGCUGCAGACAGUGCUAGAGGACACGCUGCUGAAAAAUAUCACGCUCAAGGAGAACCUGGACGUCCUGGGCCUCGAAGUGGACAACCUGACGCGGAAGUUGCGCACCAUGGAGGCCUGCAGCAGCAAGUGAUGCCAGCAUUCCCAUCCAUCGUAUUCCAUUCCAGAGUCUAACCCGUGUACAUAUAGUUAACGUAUACCUUUUGUGCUUAAGUUUAUGUGUAAAUUAAAUGUAUUUAAUAUUUUAA